GGGGGAAGGCAGGGGAGGGUUUUGGUCAGCCUGCCAAAAGUUACUGAACCAAAUCGUGGACCCUCAGUUCCCUGACCCUUCCCAUUCAGCAAUUUCCACAGGUAUUUUCUUGGACAGAAAGGGAAAUGAAAAGUUUGAUAGAGAGGAUGGUUCUCCUUCUUGGCUACUGUUGAAGGCUGAGUCAUUGAGCUUCUGCCGAAGUUGGAAUCUUUAGCUGAAACAUUUAAGAACCAGGGGGUCCCUGAGAGAACCCGUCUUUUGAUCUGGAAUUAUCUGUUACUGACCACAGACAGCUGCUACUGACAAUUCCUGGGACAGGGCCCUGUUGAGUGAGAGGCCUCCUGGGAUGGAUGUCAGCCGCCUCCUCCUGGCUACCUUGCUGGUCUGCCUGUGCUUCCUCACUGCCUACAGCCACCUGGCACCUGAGGAAAAGCCCAGAGAUGAAAGGAACCUGAAGAACAACUCUUCCAUGAACCUGUUGGAUUUCCCUUCUGUCUCUAUCGUGGCACUGAACAAGAAAUCCAAAAAGAUGAGCAGAAAUGAAGCGGAAAAGAAGAAAAGACCUUCCAAGAGAAAGGCUCCGAUGAAGAACGUGGCACGGACCCGGCCCCCGCCGCCUACCCCCUGCGUGGCCACCCGCGACAGCUGCAAGCCUCCAGCGCCCGCCUGCUGCGACCCGUGCGCCUUCUGCCAGUGCCGCUUCUUCCGCAGCGCCUGCUCCUGCCGCGUGCUCAACCCCACCUGCUGA